UGGUCACGUGACCAAAAUAAUUCUAACCAACUUCCAAAGAAUUGUACGUAGGCUGUCGAUAACAGUGAUAUAUUAUUUGUUUAAACUUGCAUUUUGUAAUAGUAAUGACAAUUUAAGAAAUAAAAAAAUCGUCAUUUUGAUUCAAAGUCAACCCGGUGUUUUGGUAGACAAUAAUUGUCAAUGUAUCCUAAAGCCGGGAGCCCUAGUACUACUUUGGAGUGACGAAUGUCCUAACCUUUAGACCAAAAUCUAGGAACCGUAAUCUGAUGUCGUACUAAACUACGAAAUGUCCACGCCGAUGACUUUAGUGAACACGCCAAGAAUUGGAGACCGUCUUCACCGGCAACAGUCAUUGAAUAGCUAAUAGACGAUGAAAUUAUAGGUAGUCCUUAGGCCUAGGACCCUAUCUUGUUUGCUAGGUACUACUACUACUAGGUAUAUUCACGGUGCCGAUUGGUAGCCAAUGAAUCAAAGUUAUACAGACGCUGGAAACUGUUACUAACACUUGUACUAUCCAGCAGGUGAACACCAAGCCUUUUAAAGCGUCAGAGGAUACUACCUAUAGCUACUACCUAGUAGACUAACAAGAAACAACUUGAAUCCCAGACAUUUUGGUCAAUGCCUGGUCUACCUAGGUGGCUACAACAGAGACAAUGUCUCUUUUUCUCCAGAGUCUGCGAAAUAACAGAUAUCACAGAGUUCUUCAGGUCAAGUGUUACUACUGUUUUGAAGCUCAGUUUUUACGGUGUUUGGGAGGCUCGAAUGUUUUCUGCAGAGUGAACUCGAACUUAAAAGCUUAUAGUAAGAGAAGUUUUGUAUAUAAAACUAAGUAUUGUGUAAAAGCUGAAGAUAGUUUUUGGAAUUCUUCCAUUUUCCAAGGGUCAAACUGUAGACAGUUAAAUGGGGGAUGUUGCCAGUUUGGACUUGGCUCUUUGCCGCCCCAGCAAUAUUACAGUACUAAAAAGAAUAUUGCUUUUUCUAGUGAAGAGGAAAAAAGGUCUCCGAAAACAGAUACUAUUUCUGACAGAGUAACUUGUAGUAGAGUUCCAGGAUCAAGUGAAGGUAAUUCUAAAAAGGAGAUCUCUGUGAGUGACAGUGAUAUUUUAUCUAAGUCAUCAAAUAAUUUGGCUUCAUCAGCUUCAUCAGCUUCAUCGAUGAUUACUCCAGAAACAAUUCUGACAGAUGUUUCGAAGAGCACAAUUGACAGUAAGAUUGGAGAUGAGAAGCUACUGUCAAGGUUGCAAAAGUAUUUACUUUGGAGAUUCACUUGGUAUCUAAAAAGAUUUCAACAGUCAUUAGAGAAUGAGAUGCCAGACACCUUUCACAUGUUUCGUAUUUUUAGCAUUGGACUAAAGGAAUUUGUAUUGGAUUUCAAAGAUUUCAUCAAGGUGCUUAUUAUUAUUAGUAUGCCAGGAUCAACACUACGAUCACUUAGCCGACGAGAAAUUGAAUUGUAUUACAAUAUGCCAGGUGAUAUGUUGAGGGUUUUUCCAAUACUAGUCUUGUCUUCUCUUCCUUUUGGACAGAAUAUUGCAUUUCCUAUUGGUUACUGGUUUCCAAAACACCUUUUGUGCCAUCAUUUUUGGGAUAUAAAGCAACGGCAUGAUUUUGCAUUGGUGGCAUUAAAGAAAAGACUUUUUAAUGCCCGUCCUGUCUUCAGAUCAAUGCAGGCAGCUCUUCUCUCAAUAGAACAGAAAGAAUACCAAGAUAAGUGCAGAGCAGUUUUCUACAAGCUUGGUUCUGGUAUCCAUCCAACCCCUGCAGAAGUUAUUGCUCUGUUACCUCUGUUUCAGGGAUAUCCUUUCCAUCUUCAUCGUAUUAGAACAAUGCAUGUGAACGGAUUAUUGAGAUUGCAUGGAAAGUCAGUGUGGUUUAGAAGAAGACAAGGCUUACAUGACCAUGCUAAGAUGCUUCAUUAUCUGGAUACUGCAAUAUCCAGGGAAGGAAUUGAUUCAUUGAAUUAUGAUCAAUUAAAGUCUAGCCUGUUUCUACGUGGUGUAAACCCAACUAACAUGAGCACGAAAUCUAUGACAGACUUCAUGGAAAGAUGGUUGACUGUGUCUAGAGAAGUAGAUUCAUCUUCCUACUCUUUGCUCCUACAUCUUCCUAUACUUCUUGCUUACAAUCAACCCACAAAUUUUGUGCUUAUUUACUAGUAACUAUUGUGUCCAAUAUGUAUAUUUUUAGGGAAACUUUUUGUAAACUUUUGAUUGAGAGUUUCUCGACCUUGCUUGUGCAUUCUCACAUUUGGAAUACAUUUGCUAAUUCCCUAGACCUCAUCUGCUUGAAAUAAGCCAUUCAUGUUCUUAGAUUUGGUAAAAGUUUACCACAAUGUCAGUUCAUUCAUAAGAAUGAGACUAGUUCAUUUUCAAGUUACAUAUUAUUUUUGUGAAAAGUUAUGACGUGACCUGUAAUUAUACAGCUGUGUAGAAUAUUCAGUUUUGUUUGUAAUUUGGAUACUAUUUCAAAAAGUAAUACUUUCAUCUUA